AUGGCCCAGACGAAAAACAUCCGGCGGCGCUCUGGGCUGACCACUCCCAAGAGAGGGCAGGCCCAACGGAGCAACCCUUCUCCCAGAGUCACAGCAGGGAAGCGCCCUCGAACACAGCCCGGCGAUCCUGUACCGAUACGAAAACCGCGACGUUACAAGCCAGGCACCCUUGCGCUCAGAGAAAUUCGGAGAUACCAGCAAUCAACAGAACUUCUCAUCCUCAAAUUACCGUUUGCGCGCCUCGUCAGAGAAAUCGCCCAGAGCGUCCUCCCAUUCCACGCAGCGCAAGAGCUGCGGUGGCAGAGUCAGGCCAUUCAGGCAUUGCAGGAAGCAAGUGAAGCGUUUCUGGUGCAUUUGUUCGAAGACACGAAUCUGUGCGCAAUCCAUGCGAAGCGCGUAACAAUCAUGCAGAAGGACAUUCAAUUGGCGAGGAGAAUUCGUGGGGCUUGGGGCGGGUUAGGAUGA